CGAAGCUCGCCGACUAGAGGCAAAGGACCACAGCUUCUCCACACAGCCGGGCAAGCGUUAUUGGCUCUUCGGAAGAAACCGUUUUCUUCACUACUUCGCUGUUCUCCAGAUAUUUUUGACUCUUGUCGCACACUAGGAUCAAACGUUUUUGUAUAUUUCGUGUUUAUGUAUUCGGACAGUUAAAGGAGAACGGCGCAUUAAAUGCGUUUAGUUCGACACACACACACAGCAGCAUCCUCUCGCCAGGUCGAGCUUCUGCACACCGGAGCGUCUCUAGAGCUGUGAGCACUGGAGUUUGACGGACACACUGUCUGCUUCAUCUUGGAAGUAUACGUUUAAGACUGAGAAACAUCACUAAUAUAUCAACCGAAGUCGAGGACAGGAAAUUAUUUUUUCUUUCACGACGCCGUUACGCAUGGUGGGAAUUUCUACCUCUUUUCAGUAUCGCACUGAGAAGCGCUCCACCAUGCCCGACUCACCUGCUGAUGUGAAAACACAGUCCAGGUUAACUCCGCCCACCAUGCCUCCUCCCCCCACCACACAGGGAGCUCCCAGGACCAGCUCCUUCACCCCCACUGCAUUAACGAAUGGCACCAGUCACUCUCCCACUGCACUGAAUGGAGCUCCAUCUCCACCCAAUGGUUUCAGCAAUGGGCCUUCAUCAUCAUCUUCAUCCUCGCUGGCCAAUCAACAGCUGCCGCCGGCCUGUGGUGCAAGACAGCUCAGCAAGCUCAAACGCUUUCUCACGACACUACAGCAGUUCGGCAAUGACAUCUCACCUGAGAUCGGAGAACGUGUGCGUACCCUGGUGUUGGGGCUUGUGAACUCCACUCUCACCAUUGAGGAAUUCCACUCCAAACUGCAAGAAGCGACCAACUUCCCACUUCGACCUUUUGUCAUCCCCUUUUUGAAGGCCAACCUGCCGCUACUGCAGAGGGAGCUGGUGCACUGUGCACGGCUGGCCAAGCAGAACCCGGCUCAGUAUCUCGCCCAACAUGAGCAACUCCUGCUGGACACAAGCACCACGUCACCUGUCGACUCGUCUGAACUCUUGAUGGACGUCAACGAGAACGGCAAGAGGAGAACGCCUGACAGAACCAAAGAGAACGGCUUUGAUCGGGAGCCGCUCCAUCCCGAGCACCCCAACAAGAGGCCCUGCACUAUCAGCCCUGGCCAGCGCUUCAGCCCCUCCAACGGGAUCUCCUACCAGCCCAACGGCCUGCCGCACCCCACCCCGCCCCCACCACAGCACUACCGUCUGGACGACAUGGCCAUCGCACACCACUACAGAGAUUCCUACCGCCACCCCAACCACCGCGAGCUCCGCGACCGCCCUCGGCCUCUGGGGAUGCACGGGAGUACGCGCCAGGAGGAAGUCAUAGAUCACAGACUUACAGACAGAGAAUGGGCAGAAGAGUGGAAGCACCUUGACCAUGUAAGAAAACUCCUGAACUGCAUUAUGGAUAUGGUGGAGAAGACACGCCGCUCUCUGACGGUGUUGCGUCGGUGCCAGGAGGCCGACCGGGAGGAGCUCAACUACUGGAUCCGUCGUUACAGUGAUGCUGAAGAUCUUAAAAAGACCAGCAGCUCCAGCAGCAGUCAGUCCAGACAGCAGAGCCCUGCCAGCCAAGACACCAAUGCUUUAGAUGUCCAUAGGGAGCUCCUUCACAGGCCAGUGUCUGGAUACGUACCUGAAGAAAUCUGGAAGAAAGCUGAAGAGGCUGUGAAUGAGGUGAAGAGGCAGGCCAUGUCUGAGUUGCAGAAAGCCGUGUCAGAGGCCGAGCGCAAGGCCCAUGAGAUGAUCAGCACCGAGCGAGCCAAGAUGGAGCGCACUGUGGCCGAAGCCAAGCGACAAGCGGCAGAGGACGCGCUGUCAGUCAUCAACCAGCAGGAGGACUCUAGUGAGAGCUGCUGGAAUUGCGGGCGCAAGGCGAGCGAGACCUGCAGCGGCUGCAACACGGCGCGUUACUGCGGUUCCUUCUGCCAGCACAAGGACUGGGAAAAGCACCACCACGUAUGUGGCCAGACUCUGCAGGCUCAGCAGCAGGGCGAGACCCCCGCCACCGUCAGCUCCUCUGCCACCCCCAGCAGCGGCGCCGGCAGCCCUGCGGACACACCAUCCGCCGCUACCCCUCGCUCGGCCACGCCCGGCACGCCCUCCACCAUAGAGACCACGCCGCGCUAGAGCCCCGAGCGGGCCGGUCCUGAUGCCUCAGCCGGCCGGGGACUGACUCACCUGCCUCACUCGCUGCAAAACGCUAAAUCUAGCGCACUAACAAAGAAGAGACUGUACUUAGGGCGAUCACCCCCCAGGAGGUCCAUUUCGGGUCAUAUUGACUUGCCAUGAUAGAGAACGCAAAGAUAUUCUUUGUUCGAAAUUCUCAUUGUUCUUUAUUGUUACUACAGCUAUUAUCGCUUACUGUUGAUAAUGUCAUUUAUUGUUGUUGUGGCUCUCUUACAUUCUUGUAAAUAAGAAGACAAGUGGAGUAGACAGCCGGGACCUCUUGAUGAGUAUAUCUGACCUGCCCUUUGUUAUGUUUGUUUGUCGUUUUUUUUCCUCCUUCGUUCCGUUUUCAAAGCUCUUUAUCCAGUAGCUGGGAUAUGAAACUAUUUGACCUCAUUAAAAGACACUUUAAAUGACAAAAACCAAGGAUAUACUUCAUAGCUGAUGUAAGCAAAGACUGAAUAUUAUUAAGACAAAAAAACAGCGUUCCUUGUAAAGAAGACAACACAAUGUUGAUGAGAACAAAACACGCCCAUGAAGGGCAUCUGCAUUGGACGUGGUGGAGUAGACGGCGGAUGGCGUUUCUGGCCCGCGCGCUGAACUCUGCAGAUGUGCAGCAGAUUGUGAAGGAACGCAGAUGUUCGUCCCUUUUCUGCAGGAUUAUAUCCAGGUCAUUGGUCUAAGAAAUAAAAAGCUGUUUCACUGAGGAAUGUAGGGACGAGAAGGGCCCGUGCUGGAUGUUGAGUACCGCACAGCGUAAUGAAGGAUGCGCUCUGAGCCCUGAUCCCAAAUGCACUCCAUCAGCUCCCAAAACAGGAAGUGAAGUCAUCGGCCCACCAGAGCAGGACUGUCAGAACCUCAAUGUGACAGCCGCUGGGAAACAAAGGGCUGAGAAAUUACCCAUAAAUCACUGGCUGUUGGAGCCCUCUCCUGUCCUGCCUAUCUCUAACCCCGUCACCCGUCCUCGUUCGGCUUCUUUUUGCCCUUCUAGAUCUCAUUGUGUUAAACACUUGUGUCCUGUGCCGUCUCCAAUGGUUAUUUAUUGUACAUGUGAUGGACAAUUGUGACGACGCAUUAAUAGUUGAAAUCACGGUCACAACUUUUUAGUCUUUCUAGGUGCAGAAAGGAAGAACAUAUUUUCUCUUUUUUCUCUCUCUCGCUCUCUCUUUCUCUCUCGCAAGCUGCUUUUCUAUUCGUAUGUGUUUGUGCUAGUCCCUCUUGUAGUUCUCUAAGAAAAAACACUUUUCCCAUUGUCCUCAAAAGACAUAUGCUAUCUCUCAAAGCUGCUACUCCAGUCUCAUUCAGAUGUUUUUUUUUCUGAGAACUAGCAUGUUACAUGGAAUGCUAACAUAAAUGUUUUUGUACAUGGGACGUACAUAAAUGUAUUUGCACUGUCACGGUUUCUCUCGGCAUGCUUCUUUUGGCAGUUUUUUUUUUUUUCCAUAGGGAAAAUCUUCAUAGGUUAUCUUUGGAGUGCUUCGUUACAUAUCUGUGAUUUCCUUUUCUUGUUAAAAAAUGAAGAAAAAUCUAUGAAAAAAAAG